AUGGCGUCUGUUAAAGAGCUGCUUGUGAACUCACUAAAGCAAUUGGUAGAAGCUGAACUGAAGGAGUUUCACUGGCACUUAAUGAAUGCAUAUCAUAAGUGUAUAUCAAAGUCUGAAAUGGAAAAGGCAGAUAUAUUCGACACAGUGGAUAAAAUGGUGUUGUGUUUUGGACCAGAAGAAGCUGUGAAGAUCAUGGUGGACAUCCUGAGGAAGAUGAAGCAGAAUGAUCUGGCUGAACAGUUGGAGAAUGAACACAAGCAAGCUCAGGCUGAGGGCAAUAUGAAGACAUCUGUUCCUGUUGGAGGUAAUUUACAACAUAUCUGGAGUAAAUAACAAUCACUGUCUGUAAAUGGAAACAAGAGAAA